AUGUCUCGUCGAUACUUCAAUUUAAAUGAGUCCAAAGACGUGGAAGAAGUUAUAAAUUUGCUGGUGGCUGAUGACGACGAUCCCACAAUGGAAGACGAAUUUGGGGAGGAAAGCGAUGUUGCUUCAGAUGACGAGGUAGAAGAACGGGGUGAAAAUUCCAAGACAGAGCAGGAUGAUGAGACCGACCUAGAUGAUGAAAAUUCUGGAGACAUACAUUUUUUUCUAGGAAAAGAUAAGAUCAAAAUAGAAUUUCUCCCACCUAACACUACUGCUUUGAUUCAACCCCUUGACCAGGGCAUUAUACACGCAUUCAAAGCAGAGUAUAGGAAAAUUCUUGUUCGAAAACAGAUAAGUGCAAUUGAACGUGGAGUUCCACUUCAAACUUAUAUUAAAUCAAUAUCUAUAUUGGACGUUCUGCAUUAUAUCAAAAGGGCUUGGUGGUUAGUGAAGCCUGAAACAAUUUGUAAUUGUUUCAAGAAGGCAGGAAUUUGUAAUACAAACGCAGAUGUGGUAAGCUGCGAAGUUGAGCUUGGUAUUUUGGAGGAAAUACCAAACACCGAAGAAUACAUACAUUGCGAUGACGAGCUUCAAUGUAGAGGACUUCUUACAGAUGAACAAAUUGUUGCGAACCUGUGCGAUGUGCCUUCAUCUGAAAUCAGUAGUGGAGAUGAAAACUCAGAAGAGAAUCAUGAUGUCUCAAAAGCCACUAGUGUUAAGGAGGCAUUAUCCGCAUUAAAUACCUUGGAAACAUUUUUCAUGGAAAACCCUAUGGAAACAAAUUUUAAAAUCUUUGAAAUGGCAGAAAAUUUCCGGCAAGAAGGUGUCCUUUACUCCAGCUCCGAAUUGUUAAACCCAGAAGUAGAAGAAGGUGGAAAAUUUAAUUAA